AAUCUUGCAAAUUCAGUCGCUUUGUCUUCGUUGAAAGUAUGAAGGUUCUUGUAACUGGGGCGUCUGGAUAUCUGGGCGGAAGGCUGUGCCAUGCAUUGUUGAACCGAGGCUUCUCCGUUCGGGCAUUGGUCCGUCCGACCAGUGACCUCUCAUCUCUUCCUCAUGAUCCUUCCGCUCUUGAGCUCGUCUAUGGCGAUGUCACCGACUACCAGUCGCUCCUAGAUGCUUUCUCCGGCUGCCAUAUCGUAUUCCACGCAGCCGCACUAGUCGAGCCCUGGAUUCCUGAUCCAUCCAAAUUCAUCUCAGUCAACGUUCGAGGGUUGAAGAACGUGUUGCAAGCGGUUACAGAGACGAAGACGAUCGAGAAGAUAAUUUACACGUCGUCGUUUUUUGCGCUUGGCUCUACCGAUGGAUACGUUGCCGAUGAAAACCAGGUCCAUCACGAGAAGUUCUUUUGUACGGAGUACGAGAAAUCAAAGGCUAUUGCUGACAAGAUUGCAUUGCAAGCUGCAUCUGAGGGCGUCCCGAUAGUGCCGGUUUAUCCCGGAGUUAUCUAUGGUUCUGGAAAGCUUACGGCUGGAAAUGUCAUCGCCCGCAUGCUGAUCGAACGGUUCAAUUGGCGAUUGCCGGGUUAUAUAGGCCAAGGAAGCGAUAGGUACUCGUUUAGCCAUGUCGACGAUGUGGUAGAAGGGCAUAUUGCAGCAAUGCAGAAAGGUCGAGUAGGUGAAAGGUAUCUUCUAACAGGAGAAAAUGCAUCAUUUGUAGAUGUUUUUGACACAGCUGCAGCCAUUACUGGUACAAGAAGACCAAUGUUUAACAUUCCAUUGUGGUUGAUCGAAGCAUAUGGUUGGGUUUCAGUUUUUAUCUCUCGGAUCACUGGGAAACUUCCUCUCAUCAGCCCCCCGGUUGUGAGUGUUCUGAGACAUCAAUGGGCAUAUUCGUGCGAGAAGGCGAAAGAAGAACUGGAUUAUAACCCCAGAAGCUUGAAAGAAGGAUUAGAAGAAAUGGUUCCAUGGCUAAAGAGCUUGGGUUUGAUAAAGUAUUAACAAGAAAUGGUGCUGCGCUGGUAAGAAAUAAAGAGCUGUAAGUAAGUAACAAUUACCAAAGUUGGUAAUGAUGUUGAUUGAAUUUGGCAUUUGGGGGGAGAGAGGAAAUUUGGAAGAGGAAGAAGGGCAGUGAAGGUGGGGUGUUAACAGCUGUGGGAUUUAAUAAUAGUGUAUUUAAGGAAGAAGACAGCGGCAUGAGAUGGGGAUUCAUGAGUUUUGGCCUAACGACAACCCUAAAGCCAUCUCUAAGCUGUUGCUGUUUCUCGGCUGAAGCCAUUUUCUUGUUGUUGUUCUUGUUGUUGUUCUUCUUCUUCUUCUUCACGCGGUGCUUGUUUGUUUGUUUGUUAGUCUGUCUGUCUGUCUUUCUGUCUUUCAAUCAACGGCGCCGCUAAUUCCGCAGCUUAAAGCGGUCGCUGAGGAUGUGGGGGUGUGGGGACUAGCCAAUCCAGAGGCGUUACCCCCGAGGCUCCAUUUCCCCUUUCAGUUUUUUUCCAGCUCACCCACUCCUACCCCGCCAUUGUCACAUCCCAUCCAUCCACCACGCUCACGCUAUUCCUCUUCCUUUCUGACAAUCUCAUUUCAAACCCAUUUUUCUUCCAUUUUAUCCAUGGGACCUUCCUCUUUAGAUAAGAUGUAGAGGUUGUGUAAUAAAACUCGGCCUUAGCCAAUAUGGUUUGUUUUGGA